AUGGAAAGAAUAUAUCAAUCCAAUCCUUCCAAGUUCGAAUACUUGUACAGUUUGGUGAACCAUGAUGUCAAAACAAAUACUCUUUUCAAUAGUACCUCCGUUUCUCUUGUUUGGCUCACCAGAUACAUGGAUUUUUUGGUAGAGCUGUUUCGGAACUUACGUGAGCAUCCUCCAGAUUGGGUUACGAUUCGAGCUGUUUAUAAUGCCUAUGCCAAGACCCUGAUAAAAUGGCAUGAUGAAAAAAUUCUUGGAAACAAAUAUGCUCGCGAAAAAGACUUGUUGUUGAAGGUGAUCGGAGGCAAUGGUGAUGUCAUGGGAGACAUGGAGAAAUUUUGCACUUCCUUUACUCCUCUACUUAAACAGAAUCACGAGUUUUUGGCUGGAGUGGAUGAUUUGAAGUUAUUUCGUGCUAGCCUUGUAGCAAAGGUACCAAGUACGUACCCAAAAAAAAGAAAGAUGGGGAAGACUAUGUUUGCUCCUGCUUUGGAAGAAUUGGAGAGUGUCAAGUCUGAAUCAAAAGAGAUUCUGACGAAGCAUUUCUUGGAAUCGUGCAUUAAGAUUUUGCCUGUUCUAGCUGAAUUUGGAACUGCUGUGUAUCCUGUUACUUUUGACAUCCGUACUUGUGUAGUGAGAUUGCAGUAUGGAUAUUCAUCAGAUCCUUCCAAGUUCAACUACUCGUUCAGUUUGGUGCAAUUUGAGACCUUGCCUUCCAAGUUCAAUUACAGUUCGUAUCCAUUCGAGACCUUUUCUCUUGCUUUGCUGACAAGAAACAUGGAUUUUGUGGUAGAACUGUUUCGUAACUUGCUGGAGCAUCCGGAGUGGUUUACGAUUGAGGCUUGUAAAGAUUCCUACGGCAAGACCCUGAAAAUAUGGCUUGAACGAAAGAAAUGGUUUAAUCCAAAUCUUCCAUUGAAAAGAGUCAUACCGGAGCUUUCUACGGACAGAGAGAAGUUCAUGGAGAAGAUCGAAGGCAAUGGUGAUGUGAUGGGUGAUAUCAAGAAAUUUUGCUCUAUCUUUACACCUCUAAUUAAAGAGAUUGACAAGUUUUUGGCUAGUUUGGGCUCGGAUAGAAUUAAGCUGCUUAUUGAUGGGGAGCGGGCUUCUUGAUUCAGUUGCAUUGCCUGCCAUUUGCCUCCCUCAACUUGUUUGCGAUUUUUAUUUAUGUAUUAAGUGUUGCUGUUCGGAAUCCAAAUUUUCACUCCUUUGAACUCACAUUAUAUAUGUAGCUACAUAUAUGAUGGUCUUUGAUCACG